AUGAUUGCGGGAAUACCUGGCGUCCGCUCUUUCAUCGACGAUGCCAUUGUAUUCGGCCGGGACUUGGAGUCGCAUGUAGCAUCACUCAACCAGCUUUUCCUACGUCUUCAGGAGUAUGGAUUCCACGUCAAGGCAGAGAAGUGUAGUUUCUUCCAGUCGCAAAUCCGCUACUUGGGACAUAUCGUGGACCGACAAGGUACCCGUCCAGACCCCGAGAAAAUCGAAACCAUCACUGCAAUGCCACCUCCAACCAACGUCACUGAGAUGCGAUCGUUUCUGGGCACGGUCAACUUCUACGGAAGAUUCGUGCGCAACCUACAAGAAUUGCGCUAUCCCAUGUACAAGCUUCUCAAGAAAGAAACGAAGUGGAAAUGGACAUCCAAGUGUCAGCAAGCUUUCGAAAAGUUCAAGACAGUUCUUCAAUCAAACUUGUUGUUGACACACUACGACCCUAAGCUUCCGAUCAUCGUGGCAGCAGACGCAUCAAGCACUGGCAUCGGUGCAGUAAUCUUUCACCAGUUUACCGAUGGCAUCAUGAUGGUUGUGACUUGCAACCGCAGAACGUAA